AUGGAUCAAGGCCAAUAUAUUCCUUACCCAAGCUAUAAUUAUAAUGAUACUGACCAGCAUAGAUUGGCAGUUGAAGCAAAAAUUAAGCCAAAUAGUUUUAUGAACCCAAAUCAGCUUGAAGCUGUAGUAAAGCCCCUAAGAGCGCUGGAUUUUCACCAAACCCAAACUGGGCGUUGGCCUGAAGAAGAUGAAUGGGAGUACGGAGCUCAUCACGAAGCUGAAUGGUGUAGGAUCUGCCACAUCGGCUAUUUCCAAUCUCCUAUCAACAUUGACCCUGACAUCACUUUUAAAAGUGCAGAAUUCCUGCAUCGGCCUCAUUUCCCAAUUAGACUUCACUACCAUCCUACUUCUCUGAAAGGGAAUUUUAAUGCUAAAACUUUCAUAGUCCAAGGAAAUUUAGGGAACCUCGCAGUUAAUUCUUUUAUCCAUCAGGACCAGUCAAGAAUUUUUGAUGAGGCUCAGUUUCACUUUCAUGCACCUUCUGAACAUUUACUGAACGGUCGGAGAUAUGAUUUAGAAAUGCAUGUAGUUCAUAAGGAAAGGAGCAAUACUAAUAAUAUUGCUGUGCUUGGGUUCGUAUUUAAAGAGGAUGGAGUCAGAAACCCAUUUAUUGAUCAGGUGAUAAGAAGCUCUUUGGAGCCAACUUAUAUAGAUAUGAAUUUAUUAAUUCCGCAGAAGUCAGGAGUGUUUUAUUAUGAAGGAUCGCUGACGACACCGCCUGCGUUUGAGACUGUGCUUUGGUUUGUAGUUGGACAUGUUCUGUCGGUGAAUAGAGAGCAGCUGGAAUUUUUCGCAAGGCAGUGGGGGAUGAAUCCUGCCUUUGCGGGAGGGAAAGGAAAUUAUAGAGAGCUUCAGCCACCAAAUGGGAGAGCAGUAAUUUAUUUUGAAUAA